AGAUUUUCACGAAGUAAAGGAGCGGCUGGGUCUGCUGCUGCCUCUGUCUCUCUCUCUUGCUGGAGCCUCAGUUCUGCAUUACAUCACUGGCGGCCAGCUCCCGCUGGGGUGGAAAGAGGAAGCGUCAAGGAGCGAUUCCUAGACUGAUUAGGAUAAAGAAGGAAGAAGAAAAAGCAGGAACAGAUGAGAAGAUCAUGCCAUGGCAGAAUUGGCGACGACGGCCAGCAGCAGCAGCAAGAGGGGCGGCAACGGGAGGCACGGGAGCAGCAGCAGCAGCAGCAGUAGCAGCAGCAGCAACAACCCUGCAGCAGGGGCGGCGGCGGCGGUAGCAGAGGGAGACGGAGGAGAUGGGGAAGAAGGAGGAGGAAAAAGAGGGGGAGAAGGGGCAGCGGCGGCUGUGAACUCCCAGGAUGAGGACUACGAGUGCAAGAUCUGCUACAACUAUUUCGACUUGGACCGGCGGGCCCCCAAGCUUCUGGAAUGCCUGCACACCUUCUGCCAGGAGUGCCUGAGCCAGCUGCAAGUCCGCGGGGCUGCCCAGCAGGAGCGCGAGCAGCAGCAGCAGCGGCCGCCCCCGGCCCCUCCGCCCUGGCACCCUGGGCCAGCAGGGGCCGCCGAAGCAGGGACCGGGCUUGCCAACCCCGGUCCUAGCUCGUCGGGCCUCGGAGGCAUUGCCUGCCCGGUGUGCCGCCACCGCACGGCCCUGCCCGACAGUCGCGUGCACAACCUGCCCAACAACACCAAGUUCGCCGAGGCCUUUCCGCUCUACCUGCGCGCUGCGCAGGACCCGCUGCCCCAGGACAGCCUCCCGCCGCUGCCGCUGCCGCUGCCCCCACCCCGGCGCGCCGGGGGCGCCCAACCGCACCACCCCGCGCACAGCCACCCUCACGCCCACCACCACCAUCACCACCACGCCCAUUCCCACCCGCCCCCAGCGCUCGGGCAGCGGGAGGAGCCGGCGGGCGGGGCGGCUGCAGCGCCAGCGUCAGAGCCGGCUCCAGCUCCGGCGUCCAUUCCGGCCCCGGUCCAGGCCCCGGUGCCCCUCGGCCGUGGCGGCCUCAGCUCCUCCGCCGGGCCCGCGGGAGGAGGCGGCUACGAGAGCUGCCAGAACUGCAAGCGGGCUGCGCUGACAGCCGGCUGCGUGUGCGUGGUCUUCUCCUUCCUCUCCAUGGUGGUGCUGCUCUUCACCGGCCUCAUCUUCGUGAACCACUACGGCGGGGGUGGAGGCGGGGGUGGCGUGCCCGGGACAGCCCCCGGCACCACAGCGGGCGGCUCGCCGUCGCCGUCGCCCGUGGGGCCCAUCUGCCUCUCGGUGGCCAGCAUCCUGGCCUUGUUCUCUGUCGUCGUCACUUGGGUCAUCUGCUGGCUCAAGUACCGUCCCGAAGGGGCGGCCGGGGGCUCAGCUGCAGCCGCCACGGCUGGGGGCGGGGGCAGCGGCGGAGCUGGAGGUAGUGGUAGUGGAGGAAAAGUAUCUACCUGGAAAGAUUCUUCAGGAACCCAGUUGAAUUCUGGAUCCCUUGAAUAA